UUGGACAGCGGGACCCUCUGGUGUGUGCAUGCCUGUCCGCCUGUGCUCUGUAGUCAGUCUGCAGAAUGGACGCUUUAGCUGUGCCACAAGACAGGCCAAAGGGCUGGUACGUGUCUCUCAUGGCACCCAACACUAAAGGACCAAAAUUUGCUUGGCUAGACCCAUCGAGGUUGUACUGCAACUCCCAGGCACUAUCAGACUGUGUGCAGGACCAGCUGAAACCAUUCCAAGAUGACGUGGUUGACAUCGUUGCUGGCAUAGAUGCCAUGGGAUUCAUUCUAGGGUCAGCUGUGGCUACCACUCUUGGGAAAGGCUUCCUAGCGAUCCGUAAAGCAGGACACCUGUGCAUUGAGACGCAGACUCAGGAUUACAGUGACUAUUCCGGACGGGAAAAGCUGAUGGAAGUGCGUUUGGAUGUGCUGAGGCCAGGCCUGAGGGUGCUGAUUGUGGACCAGUGGAUAGAGACCGGAGGCACCAUGAGGGCAGCCAUCCAACUGGUGGAGAAGCAGGGAGCUACGGUAGUGGGUGUUGCAGCAGUGGCCAUAGAGAACAGUGAGGGGGGCAAGUGGAUCAAGGAGCACUACAAGCACUCCCACUGCAUCCCAGAGGAGCUGCAGGCCCAGAUUGACAACCAGUACCUGGAAUCCUUCACGCUCUUCAGCCACAAAAAACAGUGAACAACUUUCCUCCCGGGAGGGCGUGUGUGGGAAUGAGAGACAAAAGUCUGAGAGACAGGAGAGGAGGACAAGGAAUGCAUGGGAAGCUUUUUUGGUUUUGGUCCGGCUCCAGAGAGAAGACGCAGAGAAAUAUAGACAUGGCCAAGGAUAACACUCUCACAAGGGAGUCUGUAUCUUCAGCAAUCACAUGAGGAUGGUGCGAGGGUGGUGUGAUGUUCCUUCUUUUAAAUUUUAUUUCUGCACUUUGUUCUUGCACCUUUCAUAAUUGACCACUAGAUGGGGCUGUAGGUAAACUCAUGCUUCUCAGUAUUGCUAGAAAUAAUAAACACAGCAGUGUUUUCCCUAUAGAAGUUCCAACCUAUGUCAGCAACUCUAGAGGGCUCAGGAAAAUACAUUUGUUGAGGCAAUACGUUCAAUGAAGAGUGAUUAUAAUUAUACUGCUUCAACAAUGCCAACAUUCUAAUGUGUCUUCCAGGGAUUGUUUUUUCUUUUGUGAUAAAGACCCUAUUGUAUAUGAAAGUAAGUAUUGCAACACAAUCAUUUCGAUGACAAACUUUACUUUAUUUUCUUCGGCAGUUUUGUAUGAUGAUGUGUGCUCAUAACUGCAUAAAAUAUUUUUACAAAGAAAACAAAGAAGAAAGGGACUGUAAAAUAUGGGUAAGGUCGAUAUAAAAUACCUAUUUUAUUUACUUACAGAUACACUGCUAGUAAUAUUGCAUCUUUCUGUUUUGGCUUCAUAAAAGCUGUAAACAAUUGUCACUUUGUUCAGU